UUAACAGUUUAGUUAGAAAAUUCUUUAAAAAAAAAAUAUGUUAUCCUACCUUUUCAUUUUAAUAACAAUUUUUCAAUUUGUCACGGGCGAAAAAGGUCAGGAUAAUGCAGAGAUGCUAGGGAUGGACACUAAGCAUAAUAUAAAAAUCGACAAAGAUACUAUCAUAACGAAAAACAUGAUCCUUCAAAAGAAAAAUCGUGUAAAAAGUGUCAACACUCACAAUCACGGAAAUGUCGAGCCGGAUUGGUCAUACAGUUCAUUUCCUAAAGAAGUCAAGAGUCACGUUGAGCAAUUUAAAAAGAAUAUGUCCGAAUGCCUUAAAGAAGUUCAGAAGAAUGACAAAAGACCAAUAAAAAGUUUGUCACCCAUGAAAGAAUCACCUGUACACGGCGAAUGUCUUAUUGCGUGUGUUUUAAAACGGAACGGUGUUAUUGAAAACGGAAAAAUCCAUAAAGAUAAUUUACUUUCAUUAGUGCGCAAAUUUUAUGAGAAAGAUGAUAAAUUAAUGAAAAAAUUAGAGAAAAACUUAGAUCGCUGUAUUGAAACAAGCAUAAAGAAUAAAAACGACUGUGCAAUGGCCUCACAUCUAAAUGACUGUACAAAUGAUCUCAUGAUGAAUAACAAACAUAAAAUUAUAGUGAACUAUUAA